CCCUCCCCGCGGAAUCAGCGCGCGCGGAAAUCGUGGAGGGGGUCGGCUGCGGAGUCGUGUGUCGGCGAGCGAGUUCUGCUCCGAUGUGCACACGACGACACACGUUGGCCGGCACGCGACCGAUACGCACACGCAUAUAGAGCCAGCGCAGCGAAACUCGCGGACGCACGUGCAGUCGCGCGCGCGCGGGCGACCGAUGACAAGUGUGGACACGUGCUUCCCAAAGACGACGACUUCCGAUUUCGGAUUAUCUUGCGACUCGCCGCCUUCGACCCGUCCGACUCGUCCGACUCACCGCCGCCUCGAAGAUGUGGCGAGUCGUGGUGGCCAGACCCGAGGAGAACGGCACGCUGCUGUCGUCGGAGUUGCCGCCGCCCCCGGCGCCACCGAGCCAGCACCCGCACCAUCCGCAUCACCAUCACUGGGGACAGCAGCAUUACCUGCCGGUGCCGGUGCCGGUGCAGCCUCCGCCGCCGCCGCCGCCGCCGCCGCCGAUGCAGAGCUAUGCCUCGGUCCACGAGCAAAGCGCCGGCAACACCGGCGACGGCCACAGCCAGGACGGACAGCAGCAGCAGCACAUGAGCCGCAGCCUCAAGAGGCCGCUCAGCGACUCCGACUGCGACGACGUCUUCUCCGAGGAGAGCGGGAAAGAGCCGUGCAAUUCACCUGGCGGUGACUCGUGUCAGCACACAUCUCGCAAGCGUCGCAGAGGCAUGAUCGAGAAGAAGCGCCGGGAUCGAAUAAACGCCAGCCUUGGUGAGCUUAGGCGGCUGGUACCUGCGGCGGCCCGUGACCCCCACAGCGGCAAGCUCGAGAAGGCCGAGAUUCUCCAGCUCACCGUCGAGCACUUGCGCACGCUCAGGAAUAAAGGAGCCGAGGGCUACGACAGCACGAAGCUGGCGAUGGACUACCACGCGGUGGGCUGGGGCGAGUGCGUGGCGGAGGUCGGCCGCUACCUCGUCACCAUGGAGGGUCUCGACGAGCGGGACCCACUGCGACUGCGACUGCUCUCGCACCUACAGAGCUUCCACCGCGAGCAGCCGGCUAAUCGACCCCCCAGCAGCAAGCCUCGCCCCAGCAUCAGCAGCAGCAGCAGCAGCAGCAGCAGCAGCAGCAGCAGCAUCAGCAAAGCAGCUACAACAACGAGCAGCCGUCUUCCUCGAGCUUGCACCACCCGCCCCUCGCCUGGCCACCCGCCCAGUAUCCGGGCCGGACCUGGACAGUAUCCCGGCGUACAAUACGGCCAACAGCAACACGGAAAGCCCUACAGACCCUGGGGAGGAGCCGAAGUAGCCUACUGAUCGAGACCACCAACACCAUCACCAGAAUCCUACGCACGCGCGAUAAUACACACAAUGUAAUAAUCAGCAACGUGAGCCAAAGGCGGGAGGCAGACCCCUCGCCGAAUUACGAUAUUUUAUACAAGUCCAAAUCUCUCAGGUAGAUCGUCAAUUGAACCAAAAAUGUGUAAUUUUUCUAUGUACUAUUUAUAUUAUAUACACACACACGCGCGCGCGCGCGCGCGGGAACUGCAGCGCUAGCGAGAUAUACUAUGUAAUGGCUGCUAAGCCUCUGUCGUACGUAUAAGCUAUUUAUAACGUAAUAAUUCUGUUGUGAUAACCAGCACAACGCAUAGUCAUGAUUAGUACCUUAUAAGAGUGAUAUAACUAUUUAUUUUAUACCUGUAUUUGUAUAGUGUAUAUAUAUAUAUAUAUAUAUAUAGAGAGAGAGAGAGAGAGAGAGAGAGAAACCGAUUUUUUGUAAAUAAUAUAUUUUAUAAGAGUGUGAGACGACAAGCGGGAUAAGCGAGAGUCAUUUUGCGGUUUUAUAUGUACGUGUUUUUUUUUUUUUUUUUUAAUACUGUUUGCGAAUGAUACGGAUUAACUCUUUAUGUACGUACCCCCAAGAUGUGACGAAGGAAAGAGAAGACACGUCGAGUGAGAAACAAAGCAUAUUUUUGCAAUACAAAUUUUUUAAAUAAAAAAAAGAAUGAGGUUGCAUAUUGAAAAAAAAUUCUCGUUGUUCCAUUAUUCGAUCCUAUUCCCAUUCUUAAUUUUCACGGCCGAAUGAGUUCGUUCGAAAAAUUUGACAACACACAGAGGAAAAGAAGAUACUCUCGGCGGGAGGAAGCGAUAUAUAACCAUCUUAAGCCUCCAAUUACAAAGGAGCCUCGUCCUUUUUUCGUCCCUGUACACGGAGCCGUUCCCAGAAGACCCGAAAUUCGUUCUGGGCGAUUUCCGAAUUUUCGGGCCUAUAAUGCAAGCCUCGUAUACCAUAGCUAUACAACACUACAAGAAGAAGGCAAGGAAAAUCGAUUUUUCCCGCCGCCGACAAAGUGAGAAUAGGGGCCGCUGCCGGACUCUAUAGUGUGUAAAGAACCAUUAUGGGCAUCGAUCGUCGGGAAGCUUAAAAGCUUAAAAUGCACUUCUGCGGAGCAUAAAAGGAACGUCCGCGCUAAAAUCUAUGCCGACGACUUAACGAGUGCUCAAUUUUACGUGUAUUUUCGGACGCGUUUCCAUGCUAAUACCGGCAAAUGCAUUAUUCAUGCGACGCGUCCGUCCCCAGCGCUUUAUGUCGUUCUGUGCGUACGUAACGAGCUUUUUUUCUCACCCCUUUUGCAGACGCGUAAUCUUGCCUUUUUGUUCUUCGCGACGCGAGAUGUUUGCAUGCACUCGUUCACUGCUGGAAAACGAGAGAUUAAACAAUGCGCACGUGCGGUAAUCGUUAUGUACUAUACGGCUGGCUUUUGUUUCUCGGGUGCAUUGAAUACAUUAUUUUUAAUGACGAGCGCUGCUAAUGAGUCGAAAAGGAUUAACGUUUACGCGGUUUUGAAAAUUUUUAAAGACUGCAGCUGCGUGUUUAUUAUGGGCGCUUAUGUGUAGAUUCGCGUGCGCAAGGUGCGCGAGUAUAGGAAGAAGCAUUUAAACACGUGCAAUAAAAACUCGACACCUGUGCGUCGAGAUUUUAGAAACUAGUGUGGCGCGACAAGUGGAUUUUUCACACGGGCAAGUGCAUGCAAAGAGUUUAAUCUUUUUCAAAAUAACACUGAUAUAAUGUAUAGUUUAUGAUCCUGGGCGAGGUAUAGAGGGAGGGGCGUUCGGAAGCAGGCUUUUUUUCUUCGUUAAAUACGAGUAGUCGGGUGAUUAUGUUUUAAAUAAAUUCAAUCUUUAUUUUAUUUCUCCAAAUUUGCGUGCUUAGCAUAUAAUAUCACAGUCGUCGGAGCGGAGGCGAGAGUGUUGCGCCCGCCCCGCUCGUUUUUCUUAAAUACUUUGCAUAUAACUAUCUAUAGAGAAGAUAGGUCGCAGUACAAUCGAGCCAACUAAGAUUAAUCGCGUUGUACAUGGUGUAGCUUGGGUGAGAGAAACGCAAGAACUACCUAGAUCACAUUUUACGCUUCGAACGAGAUGCUCCCGUGGAUUCGAAUUUCGUACUACAGGAGGUGGUUCGAGAAA